GAGCAGAGCGAGGGAGAGAGAGAGAGGAGGAGGAGGAGGAAAGGGGAAAGAGUUGGUGGUGAGAUCGAUGAAGUGGCAGGCAGAGGGAAGAGGAGGAGGAGGAGGAAAAUCUCACGAGAUAAUGAAAGAAAAAGAGGAGCGCUGCUAGUGCUGAGCGGAAAACACGAGGAGAGACCCGGAGAUUUUUUUUUCGUGGAGGGAAACAAAGACCCAUAAAUUGAAAUAACGAAAAAUACUAAUAAUAAUUAAAAAAAAGAACGUAGAGGAAGAUAAAGCAGAGGCAGAAUUGGUUCCCGCGGAUGUUUUUUGCGCUCUGGCUUCGGUAAAGGCUGCACCUCGGAGCGCAGUGGAGCGGUUGGGAGAAUCUGCAGGACUGCUCAGACAGAGAGAUGCUCAGAACGGACGACAGCCGCGGACGCGCUUUGAGACGCGGAUAAUUAAAGGAAUUAAAGCGAGGCUUCUGCCGUGGACCACAGCUGCGAACCAAAGACGCACGCGGCGUGCAGAUGCCCAAGUGAGAAUACAAAAAGAAAGGAGGAAAACCCCAGUCACGGGGCGCGAUGCUGCUGCAAACUGCCUUUUGGGGAGUUUGAGGGACUUUGAACACACUACUUAACGUUAUCAGAUAAUUAAUUAGACACCCCAUAAGCCCGGAAAUCAAUUAAUUCACAAAUCAAUAAAUCCAUAGUCUGGUGUAACAAGAGACCUUCCAGACUGUUGGUCUGGCUGUUCAACAACAUUAACAAGAGAAGAGCACAAGAAGGCAGGAAAUAAGCUUUUUAUUUGUUGAAGUUUAAGAUGGAUGGGGGUCUAGGGGAGAUGUCCCUGCACAGCCACGCUGAUCUGGCCCACAGCCAGGACGGCAGAGCCAUGCUGCACUCCCGGGACCUUUCAGCCGCCUUCCCCAGGCCCCCCCUGGGGGGGUCCUCCAUGUCUCUGGAACUGGAUCCCCGUCCAACCAGCUUUGACCACUCCAUGUCCGCUCUAGGCUACAGUGGCGACUCCCCGUCCAGCUCCAGCAGCACCUACACCACCCUGACCCCCCUGCAGCCCUUCGAUGACAAGUUUCACCACCACCACCAUCACCACCACCCCUGCCUCCCCGUCAGUAACGUCAUCGGGAGCUUCACCCUCAUGCGUGAGGAGCGAGGCCUUGGCACCAACUUCUACAACCCAUACGGGAAGGAGGUGGCCAUGUCCCAAACCCUCUCACCCCCCUCUGCUGGCUCAGGCCUGAGCCCCGCCAUGCACAGUUAUGGCAGUCUGGGCAACAGUCCCAAUGGGAAUGGAGGUCAAAUGCUGCACAGCGGCUAUGACGUCCACGGAGGAAGCCUCUUCUGCCGGACAUCAGAUUUCGCCAGAGAGAUGUCCCCCCCAGGCCUUGGAGGAGGUGACGUGUCUGUGGGCCAUCAGCUAAACAAGAUGGAGGCUCACCAGCACACCCCUAGCCACCACCCUCACAUCUACACCCAGCACUACCAGCCUCACCACCACCCCAACCAGCAAGCCUCCAAGAUGGGCGAUCACCUGCACUCGUCGUCGUCCGCCUCCUCCUCGCCCGGCGAGGGUAUGCUGGCAGGCUCCCAGGGUGGCGGGGGCAACGGGGGAGAGGAGAUCAACACCAGGGACGUGGCCCAGAGGAUCAUCACUGAGCUGAAGAGGUACAGCAUCCCCCAGGCCAUCUUUGCUGAGAGGGUUCUGUGUAGGUCACAGGGCACCCUGUCUGACCUCCUGAGGAACCCCAAGCCCUGGGGCAAGCUCAAGUCUGGCCGGGAGACCUUCAAGAGGAUGUCCCGCUGGCUGCAGGAGCCUGAGUUUCAAAGGAUGGCCUCACUUCGGCUGGAGGCCUGCAAGCGCAAGGAGCAGGAGCAGAGCAAGAUGGAGCGCAACCAGGGCCCAAAGCGCACAAGGCUGGUCUUCACAGACCUGCAGCGGCGCACACUUCUGGCCAUCUUCAGGGAGAACCACCGCCCCACCAAGGAGCUGCAGGUCACCAUCUCCCAGCAGCUGGGCCUGGAGCUCUCCACCGUCAGCAACUUCUUCAUGAAUGCCCGUCGACGCAACCUCAACAAGUGGGCCGACGAGGGCCGCCCUUCCUCCACAGGUUCUUCGGGCUCCAGCGCCUCCUCUUCUGCAGUGUCCUGCAGCACUGCGUGAUGUUGGGUGGCGUGUUAGUGAGGGCGCUGAGGGAGCAAGGAGGCACAUAGACUGGUCUAGGCAGAGAUCAGCCGUAACAAAUGUCCUCCUCGUUACAGAAGGAGUGACAGAACAAGCUGGCAUAGAUGAUUUUAUGGAGAAGAGGAAGAAGAAGGAGCAUUUUCUAAACCAAAGUUGAUUGCCUGUUUGAAACAAAGCAGAGCGAUGCCUAGGGUGAGAUGAAUGCGGGAUAAGGGGUCCUGCUUGUAUAGUCGAUGGUGCAAAGAUGAUCUGACUCAGAGAGGGAGUCACACCUUCACAUCAACGCCAUCUCAUUGUGCUAUUUUGAGUGUUUAGAUUAGAGCUAAUGAGGGUUUAACUAAUCAGGAGGACCCAUAUUUUAAUGUUCCUUCAGAUUUAUUGUCAUCUCUCCAAGCGUGAAGAAUCAAGAGAUGCCAUUUGCUCACAUUUGGAGAGCUCCAUCGUAUAACUUUUUAACCAAAAAGUGUUCAUCAUCCAAAGACAUUAAUCUUUAUUAGUAUGAUUUCAUUUUUCCUCAAGAAUCAAACCAGAAGAAGAGGAAAAGCCUUUUUUUUUCUUUUUAAACAUUUUUUUUUUAUUGUUUUGAGAACCCAAUUCUUCUUUUUGUGUUUCCAUGGCGAUGGUUCCCAGGAUGGCGCUGCUCCAAGUUUGGAGCCCGGAAUAAUCAGGAGGGUCCUGUAGCGUCUGUGAAUCCCAGCUGUCAAUCAUUAACCAUACACAGGAGCGUUUCUGUUUGUUUCCCAAAAUGGCCCCCGCCUUGAAUGAAUCAAGAGGUUUCAAGGGGGGUAGCUGCAGUGCAUCUCAACGUACGCCAGGACAGAAUCAAUAACCACAAGUGGGAUGCAGAGCCGGACUUGUUGGUGCAACCGAUUAGCUUUAAGACUCUGACGGAGCUUCAAAAAUAAAAGCUCGACGGCCAUUCAAAAUCAAGCGUAGAGAAAUACAAAAAUUAGGGAAAAACCUUUGGGGAAGAGGUUUGCCUGACAGUGUAGAGUUACAUAGUAUUUUUUUCCAAGUCAUUUCCAAGUAACUGUACACACCUCGGCUCCAUUCUGAAGGCUUUUUUUACAGAUGUCUAGAAAAUGGAGGAAUGUGAUUCUUUCUGCUCUUUUUGUACAGAUUUCAAGCACAUCGCUCUAUUUAUAGAAACGUGUUGUAAGCGCGGGGCAGUUUGUUUUAGCCCUGCUGACGUACAAGGUCAUUUUUUUGGUCCACAAAGGAACGGCUUUAACACGCCUCCUUUUAGCCAACACUUCAAUCAACCACAGAAUGUUUCAAAUGCAAUUGUUGGUCUGAUCAUCCUAUUUAUUUCUGCCUUUGUGUAUUUAUUGUUUACCAGUUGUUGUUUUUUUUUACCCUCCCUAUUUAUUUGGUAAUUUAUUUAUGCUAUCUAUAUACUGUAAGUAUUUAUUUAAUAAUGCUCUGUAUGUCUGUGUGAAACUGAAGACUUUUUUCUGAUGGGGACUUUUAGCUGUAGAAUCCCAUCGUAAUACCAAAGAUUAACAUUGCCUCCCUGAAUGUACGGCCUGAAUCCCUAAACCCAGAACUUGAUCCCCCCCCGAUCCAACCCGUGUUGUUGCGUAUCUCUAUCUUAAAGGCCUGGCCUCCUUGUUUUUGGGUUAAUUUUUGGUUGUUUUUUUGUAGAAUAAGGGGGAAUUCCUGCAAAUGUCUCUGCUGUCAGCUCUUAAUGCCAAGGCCUAAGCUUGUUUGAAUGUUGUGAUAAUAUAUAUUAAUUAUUAUUAAUACUAUGAAUAAUAAUGACAAUAAUUAUGAUGUGGCAUCCCAUUGUUUCACAAGUUGCUUGUAAAGUUUUGUUCAGAUUGAUGCCGCCCAGCAGAGCGCGUCACCCGUUUGGAGACCCUCCGAGGUCGAGGUUGAGGGCGAGUCUGUUAAGGUCGCACGCCGACAUGCCUACUGUGUCUGCUUGGCUAAAAAUGCAUGGUCGUGAUCACCAUCUCCCUCCUCCCCAGUGCAGUGCAGACGACUCUGUCUACUUCCGCCUCAGUGUGACCAUUGUCCACAUGCCAAGCUCUUCUGCCAGUUGUCUCAGUUCCAAGAUGCUUCUAAUGGUCAGCCUCUACAGCUAUGUGUGUAGUUUAGAGGGAUCAAUCCUGUUUUCUUCUAAGGGUUGACUAUUUUAAUCUGGUUUUAUGAGACGUUUCUGGUUUCGUUGAGACCCUUAAUCUUUAGUAUUGUGCCUCUGAUGCUCAGAUUUGGUUUUGUUCUUAAUUGCUUUAAUGUCUCAAAUGUUGUAGGGUGUUCCUCUCAACCUAGAAUAGUUUUGUGGAUCAAUUCUGGGAGUUUUUUGGAGGUUUUCUGAGGAGUUUGCAUAGCACAAAUGGUUCUUUUUUAUUGAAAGGGAAUUGUAAAUCAAGUGCCAGCCACCCGGGCUCUCGCUUUUAGGCCCAAAUGUAAGGGUUGCCAAAGUGAAGCGGGGAAGACACGGUUUCAGUUUCUGUCUAAAAAUGUUCUCUUUUUUUCCGUCUUUAGCGUUGGGUGGGGGUGUAUGCCUAUAGCCCCCUUCACAACAUGGACUUGAAAGAUGAGCGGUCAUGAAAGAGGCCAUCGACUUUUUUUCUGACUUCAAAAGGCGAGACUUUUUAUUUAUUUAUUUAUUUUUUAUCCCAUCUCCUUUUCUGGGCAUCUGGUCUGAGGCCUGCUGUUGGCCAGACCUGUGGGCUUCAGGGGGCACUCAAAAGGGUGGUGGUGGUGGUGGGGGGGAGAUCAGAGAGGACGGUGAAUCAUCCAGGAGGAGAAUGGUGGUAAAGUGUGUAUGUGUCGAGGUAGAAAGGGAGGGGUGGUUUGUUGUUUGAGGAGGUGCUGGAGUUGUGGGGCAUGGAGCUGAAUUAAACUUUAAUGAGUAACAAUUGUAAGCAUGCUGAGAGCAAAGAGGGGGGGCAGUGGCAGGGGUGAGCUGUUGAGUCUGUAGAGGGGUGAAAAAAUUAAAAAUAAAAGAGCUGGGAGGCUGUUUUGUCGACCCCUGCUCAUUGUAUCAAAGCUGAGGUGACACCUUUCAGGCUUCCCUUUGUCUCUCUGACUGGAGGCCUAAAAUAGAGACAGCGCUUUUUGUUUGGAGCCACCUUCUGCUCCAUGUCAAGCAGGACAGCUCUGGCCUCCCUGUGAGGAAGCAGGAGGACAAGUGACUACAUUUGGGAGCUGCAGGUGAUCUGCGUAGCCAUUUUUAGCCUGCGGCACCCCCUAGUGACUUGACUCGGCGGCAAGCAUGGCAGCUGAGCAAAUAUUCAAAUGGCUCAACUGGAAACUGAUGUAUUCUUUCAGAAUAAAAGCAAAAAAAAAAAAAAAUUUUUUUUUUUUUUAUGUCUAAAAGGAAAAAUAAUUAAUAAAAACCAACCAAAGAUGGAGAAAUGGGUAACUGCUGAAUCAUCAUGUAUUCUAGGUAGUUUUAGCAGUUGACUGUCAGACCUACCGUAGCACUCAGAGGAUUCAAACAAGCACCAGUGGGAUUCCACGUGCUGAUUAUUUAUGUUACAUAAAACAUGGUUGUGUUGAGCUGGAACUGAGAAACUGACAUUGGGCAUUGUCUACAAAUGGAAGUCUCUUGUCUCUGUUCUCCCAGUGUCUCUGUGUCUAUCCCAGCGUUCUCCCAGUGUGAACAUGAAGACUCUACCCAUCUACCUCAACUGUGUGAGAUGUUGUGUGGCAAAGAUAUUCCUUAACCAAAGAAUCCGUCCUGUCAGGGUGUCCGUUUAUCUAUCUAUCUUGUCUGUGCAUCCGUCUCUUCUUCAUGCCUUUUGCUCCAAACCAAAUGUGCUGGAAACAAUCUGUACCAGGAGCCGAACAAGGCUCCCGUCCAGCCAAAGCUUUACUUCAGCACGUUCGAGUCCCAUUGAUCCAUGUUCUGUAUAUAGAAAUCAUUCUCAAGACCAAAAAAAAAGGAGGUGACAAUCCAAGCAAGGAGGAUCUUGCUGUAAUCAACGUUGCCUGCUCCUCAUUUUGCAAAAGCAAGAAUUCCCUAACUUGCAGAGAAAAAGCCCAAUAAUUCAUCCUGAAAUGAAAAAGGUCAGAGGAGACAAAAGCUAUUUUUCCACAUUUGUAAGCCAUCCCCUACCAUCCCUGUUAUUUCCAGAUGUUUAGUGUAGUUGAAAUACUGUUUGAUCCCACUGUUGUAAGUAGGAAUUUAAGAAAUCCACACAGAAAGCUUUAAAGGGGGACGAGCUGAGGCAAAUGUUUGACUGAGUUUGAGUUUUCUCAGCUUGGACUCGACCCACCGUGCUUUACCGUGCCAUUCUUGUCCAAAUGUGUUAGACAUACCAAUGAAUGUGGCUAACCAACCAAAGGCUUAAAAAAAAAAAGGUACACAACACUUUAAACAUCAAUCAUGGUGGGGCAUUUUGUAUCAACAACUAAAGAAAAUUCCUUUGAAUACCUCAUGUGAAAAUUGUUUGUUGUGAUGUUGCACUAAAAAAAUAAAAAUGACUCAUUUGUAACCCAA